GGUACAAACUCAAGAACCCCCUGCAAUUCCCUCACGAACCUCCAGGGGUUCACAAACUUCACUUUGGGAAACCAUUCAUUAACAUAGGCUACUCAUUAAAUCCUGUCUAACGUGUUAAACUACUUUUGUGAAACUCAUUUGAAACCUCCUAUGAAACUUUUUGUUUCGCUUGUGCAGACAGAACGUAGUAGGCUACUAGUAUCUGUAAUGUUCUCUCUGACCCUGGAAUCAUAAAAUAUUUCCCCCCCACAGGACCAGGUUGAGAAGAUGGAGAGAACAACCACGCAGAAAAUCCAGGAGAAACAGAAAACUAUAGAGGAGCUGAAGCUGGUUGUGAAAACUCUGAAGCACUCUGCUCAGACAACAGUGGAGCACAGUGAGAAGAUCUUCACUGAGCUCAUCAUCUCUAUUAGGAACAGACAGCAUGAGGUGACACAGCUGAUCAGAGAUCAGGAGAGGACUGAAGUGAGUCGAGCUGAAGGACUCCUGGAGCAGCUGGAGCAGGAGAUCGCUGAUCUCCAGAUGAGAGACACAGAGCUGGAUCGAGAUCCACACACACAGAAUCAUUUGCAUUUCAAGAAUCUCUCUGCUUCUUCUGAAUCUGAGUCGUCAUCCACUAUGACUGUUAGUCAUGUUCAGUUUGAUGGCUUAAAGAAAUCUCUCUCUGAUCUAAAACAACAUUUUGAAGAUUUUUGUCAGGAGGAGAUCAGUAAAAUCAUCUCUUUUGUGGCAAGAAUUCAGAUUUUACCAUUAACCAGGAAUCAUUUUAAACAGUAUUUUUGCAGCUUCACCCUUGAUCCCAACACAGCGGGUGAACACCUCAUCCUCUCUGAGAACAACAGACAGAUGACUUACCCUGAGCAUCGUGGGAGAUAUAAGUUCCCCUGUAAGGUGUUUUGUAAGGAGAGUGUGUUUGGACGCUGUUACUGGGAGGUGGAGUGGAGCGGGAGAUGUGUGCACAUAUCAGUCUCAUAUAAAGAAAAGAGAGACAGAGGAAAGGGAUCAGUCGGUAUGUUUGGAAACAACAACACAUCUUGGAGUCUACAAUGUUUUCCCAAGCCUGUUUUCUGGCAUAAGAGCAUAAAAACUGAGAUCUCAAGCCCUCUGUCCUCUAGGGUGGGUGUGUAUGUAGAUCACAAUGCAGGAACUCUGUCUUUCUACAGUGUCUCUGAUACAGUGACCCUUCUGCACCGUGUCCAGACCACAUUCACUCAGCCCCUUUAUCCUGGGUUUUGGUUCAGUGCAUCAGGUUUUGGAGAUCUGCUCAAUCUAGACACCAAAGUGUUCUCCUCAGUGAAACUGUGUGAUCCAUAAACAAGUAUUGUGAUCCCCUUAUCUAAAAGCACCUUUACUCAUAUUUAAACAUUAACAUAUAUAAACAAAGUACUAAAAUGUUAUCACAAAUAUAUGAUGUAUAUGUAUGAUAGGAAUUAUUAUAUUUUGUAGAAUAACAUUUUUUAAUGAGAUGAAAAUGUGUUUGUAAAACUUGUUUUUUCUUCUUUAUGUUGACUCUCAUUGUCUGGAAGACUUCAGGAGAAUCUCAGCUGAGCAAUAAAACAAGACAAUCCUAAUAAAGUAAACUUCUUUUUUUAUUUUAUUCUAAAAUGUCCCCAUGUUUUCUGCUUGAUUCUUUAAACUGCAUAGACGUUAUUAGGCGUAAACGUUGUUCUCAAAAAAUGUAAUAAGGGAAAUAUAUAUGUACUGAACGGAACACUGUAUGCAAUGUAAGGUAUAUUGAGUUAUGGUUUCUUGUCUAGGGAUUUCCUUACCAAAAGGAGUUCAUGAUAUUGUAGUGUGAUUUUAAUCUAUAAAAUUGUUUUAAAUAAAAUAAUUGAAAUGUAGUAACAAAAAUAUCACUGAAUAUUUCACAAGUGAAACAAAAUUC